AGGAAGGAAAAAAAAGAAAAAAAAAUUAAAAAAAAAAAAAAAAGAGGUGUGUAUGCUGUGGGAUUGGUUGUAACGCAUUAACAGCUAAUGGUGAUUAGGAAGAUUUUUAAAAAGAUGAAAAAUGAAUGAUUUGAGUGAAGAAGAGAAGAGGAAAAAAUAAGAUUGAACAAUUCUUCCCUCCCUUGGUGUGUGCGAGAUAGAGAUAGAGAGACAGAUGGGUGCUUCUAUAUCAUCAGCAGUUUCCGAGAAAUCCAUCCAUCAGUUCACCGUCAAGGAUAGCUCAGGCAAGGAUGCGGACCUAAGCGUUUAUCAAGGGAAAGUGCUUCUCGUCGUCAAUGUGGCUUCUAAAUGCGGAUUCACCGAAUCAAAUUACACCCAGCUCACGGAACUUUACCAGAAAUAUAAAGAUCAAGGGUUAGUGGUCUUGGCGUUUCCAUGCAACCAGUUUCUAUACCAAGAGCCUGGCACCAGCGAAGAGGCUCAUCAAUUUGCUUGUACUCGGUUUAAGGCCGAAUACCCCGUUUUCCAAAAGGUGCGUGUUAAUGGACAAAACGCAGCACCGGUCUACAAAUUCCUCAAAUCAAAGAAACCUUCUUUUCUGGGAACUAGGAUCAAAUGGAACUUCACCAAGUUCUUGGUCUCCAAAGAUGGUCAAGUCAUUGAUCGUUAUGGCCCAACUGUUUCACCUCUCUCCAUCCAGAAUGACAUCGAGAAAGCCCUUGCACAAUAAUUAUGAGAGCACGCACUAAGAAGACUUUUGGACUGCUUUUGGAACAACUUAUCUCUCUUAUUCACAUCUUAAUUAUGUGUAACUAACUAUGUAGUCAUUUUUUAUUGUGAAAUUUGAUCAAAGAUAUCUCCCA